UUUUUGUGUGUAGGCCUACACAUGUAUUUGCGGGAAGUGACUUGCACUUGCGUUAACUAGCCACGUGGGAGACUUCUUAUAUACCAGUGAAAACAACCAGAGUUCCGUCAUGUUGCGUCUAGAUGUAACCCUUCUCUGCCUGGUGAGUUUCAGCGCUGCGUAUGUGCAAGGACUUGAGCACAUACCGCUAACGCUGAAUGUGGAGUCAGGACUCCAAGAAAUUCCUUGCGGGGAGUUCAAGUACUAUGCGGUAGAGGUGACAGAUCCCUGCCGAGAUCUACGAGUGAGGGUUAAUAAGAUAGAGGGAGAACCCGACCUGUACGUCUCCAGAGGCUACAACAAGUUCCCUACCGACAGCAGCCUGGCCUGGACGUCUUACGAGUGGGGAUCUGAGAAGCUCGUCAUAUCCAGUUGGGAUCCGGAAUUUGAAGUAGGCAUGUUCUACAUCGGUGUGCAUGCCUACUGCGGGAUCGAUGUGGAAACAGGCAACACACCAUCCAAAGUUACAGUUCUAGCUGAAAGUAUCCCAACGACCCACCCGCACUCUGAGAUCACCGUCGAUACGCCGUUUACCGGUGAGAAGGUCAGCGCUGAGGGGUACAAUUAUUACCGAUUCUGCCUGCCGAGCCAGUGCACCGACGUUGAGGUGAAGCUGGUCAACUGCCUCAGCUCACAGGACUGUCCAUACUCCUACGGCUACCCGGAGCUCCUAGUGUCCAGGUCCAUCGUCCAGCCGACCAUCAAGGAUCACUCUUGGAAACUGGCCUCUCUGGAUCGUCGCAGCAUCGUCAUGAAGCACGACAACCCGGACGUCUCACCGGGCCAUCACUACGUGGCCGUCUACGGCUGGUGUACGCCGGAUGAAUUCUGUUCAGACAAGAGCACAUGCGGCCCCUGCGAUUAUUAUGCCAACAUGACAUACGACGUUUCAGUUGUCAUGACAGAUGUUGGAGACUGCAGUGGGGCGGCCAAUUUCAUGCCGUCUUCACUUGUUGUUUGUCUCGCAGUUUUUCUCAUGAAAUUUUUCUUUUAGUUUUAGCUGUAUUUGGAUGAGGAGUGAAGAUGUGUGUUUGACAAUAGGCUUCUUGGUUAAACUUGCUGAACAAGUGCACAAAUGUGUAAAUCACAAUUAAAUCAAUUAAAUCACGUACAAAAUUGUUCAAACCCAUCCAGUUCUGAAUAUUAUAUGGUGAAUGUUUAAUGGUGAGGAUUUUUCUUGUCAGCAAUGGGCGACAUUUGAGGCGUUGGUGGCAGCAAACACACUGGUCCUUUUACUGUUGUUCGAAAGCCUGUGAAGACAUUUCCGUGUGUGAUUGCCACUUUGAGAUUAUCACAAAAUUAAGCGGUAUGGACUGUAGUAAUUUGCAUAAUUAUUUGAAUAAUUGUGCCACUUCGUGUGUACAAAGUCUAUGGAGCUCGAGGGUCAAGUAAUUUUCAAAAUAUUUUGUAACAAAAUUGGAAAUGUUUCUCAGUCCCAGCUUAGACGAUUGUGAGCAAGGAACAGUUCAUGGUGGUAGGAAAUGUCCCAGAUUCAUGUCUUUCAACAUUUUUGCAAUGACUGACCUUCAUUGAGAUAAUAUAUGAUGAAAUAAAGUUAUUUUGAACAUGCGCACAUUAGCUUAAACAUGACGCAAACAAUUGAAAAGGACUGGUGUAGAUGCUUCCACCAAGCACCUCAAAAGUCUUCUAUUGUUUAGUAACACGGUUGUUUGCAGAUUUCAGUUCAAUUGGCCAUUUAAAAAAAAAUACGAUUUCAGAUCAGCAUGUGAAAUUGGACAAACGGUACCACAAUCUGACCAACUUGUAUCGAGAUUCUUCCCUGAUAAGUUUUCUUAGAACGGGUGAACUUAAAUAUUCAACAAAAUUACAGUGCAUUGAAAUUUAAUGCACGAAAACUAUAAUAAAAGCUAGAUUUAGUUUUUCUCCAGUUUGAUAUGUUUCCAAAAAUCCUGCAUAACAAGCAACUAUUUUUCAUCAAUAGCCUGUGAAGUCAUUUCAGUGUGUGAUUGCCAAUUUAAGAUUAUCACAAAAGUAAGAGGUGUGGACUGUAGUAAUUUGCGUAAUUAUUUGCGGCAAAUGUAUUUUUUGAGGACAAAUAUAUCAGUGUGGAUAAAACUAGGCAUUUUUUGUAAAACCCGAAAAGUAUUCACCUUUGCAGUUUUGUAAUAGUUGAAAUUAUGUAAAUUACAUUAUUUGGUGUUUAUGUUAAAUAACUGUUAACAUGUAAUGCCUGGUGUCUGGAAAUUGAACAUCGUACAGUAUACUCAGACUUCAAAAAGAAAAGUUGGCUAAUAUUUGUAGUUAAAAGUAUCUUCUUUCUGAAAGGCAGUGACAGAGUGGCAAGUCAGUGCUAGUUCCUGAUUGGGUGAAGCAGCUUGACAACAUAGCUCUAAUUCCUAUUGGCUACAAGUUACACCUUAAUUUGCAUUAAUUUGUUUCAGCUAAAACCUUCAUGGUAUCUGCCAAAUGGCCUCAUUGUAUCACACAUAUAUAAUGACAUUGGUGAUCGAUGACUUACUGAAUGAGAUUUGAAUUGAAUCUAAUUACUUAUUGAUCCAUCAAGUAAAUUACAUUUGCUCACUGGUAUAAUAAACAGGAAUUAAUAUUUCCAAAAUAACACACACAAGAAACCAAAAAAAAUACAGUAAUAUAAACUUCAAAACUAUAUCAGACUAUGUAAGAUGUAAUCUGGCUUUUGAUUUGUUAAUUAUAACUAGCUGUAGCUGUAUGCAUUGCUGGUAUUUUGGGUGCUAUUUAAGCAAAAUUCCAAAGAUGAACUUUUAGCAAAAAUCCAAGUUAAUUCAAGUUCAUACACAGAGAAAUGUGAACACCUUUUGAUGGGAAUUUUGGAGGCACCGAAACACACGGUUCGGUUUGAAUUCAUGGUUAAACAGUAAGCAUUAUGAACCACAUUAAAGCAGGAGUGAAUAACAACUGAAAUACUACAUCUCUAUAGCUUUGCAAUAUUCCUUACAAAUGCAAUAAUUGCAUGUUUCUAUUUUUUAAAAGAAGAAGCGUUCUGAAUGUUUUGUAUAAUUUUGAAAAUGUCUGAACUGUGUAACCAUGUAACCAUAAUAUAUGUAAGUCUUUUAGAUUUUUAGAUUUCUCCAAACUGUUAGUACUUUUAAAGCACAAGAGUUUAAUUCUCAGUAUCAACUGGAAGCAAUUUUAUUCAAAAGCUCAUGUAAUGUGUUGAAGGAAUAUUUACCACCUAUCAUAUUCAAGAUUAUUAUUUGUGUUCUUUGGAUGGUCAAUGCAAGAUAGACAUUAAUGUGGACAACUUUUCUUCCAAGGAGAAAAGCCAACUUUAUAUUUUACUGUUAUUUUAUUACUGCCUGUAGUGAUGCAAUUAAAAGCAGGAAUUGGUGCUUAUUAAUAUUGAAGCAUCAUUUAA